AUGAGCGAACAUCACUGUCUGUCUGUAUCAUCUUUGAUACUCUCCUCUCAUCACCCAUCAUCAUUUCCUUUCUUUAAUUUCACUUUGUUCUUGGCUUUGAUUAAUAUUUCAUAUCGUGGUGGUAUAAACUGUCUGAGGAGUUUAAAACGUAGCGAUGGAAUAGCUGACUAUAAAUUGAAGGAUCCUUCCUUGGAGGGUCUCAGUUUCAUUAAACCAACUUCAAUUUAUAUUAAGAUGAUUGUACAACUACGCGAUUAUCAACCAUUAACAAAGGAUAAGGUAAAGGCAAAUGAAGAUUUAGAGGAUAAGGCUAAACCAUUCUCUGAUGCAUUCUAUGAUAAAAUGAGAGCAAGUGCUGCAAACUAUGUCAAGUUUUAUGCCACAGAGUACAUUCAAAACAAAACCAAAAGUCUUGCUAAUCUUGUAUCGUAUUCUUGCUUUGAAAAUGGUGACAUCUACACUGACCAAGUUAGAAAGCUUUCAGACAAGUAUUUCCUCGAUGUUGUCUAUUACUACAUGGACGAUGGUUUACGAUCACUCAUGAAGUGGGACAAGCCAGCACUCGACAAUAGACUCUUGGAGAUAUCAUCGAGUGCAAAGGUUGUCGCAUGGUACAAGAAAUAUGCAACUCUCUAUGUCCAUUACUUGGCCAGUGAAGAAACAACUGGUAAAAUCAAAACAAAGGUCGUUGAAGCUGAUCUUAAAGCCAUGACUUCAUCGAAAAUUUAUGUUAAACAAACAUCAGCCAUUUAUCAUUAUGCAUUUUUAAUGUAUAUUCCAUGGAUGGCAUUGUACAUCCACGACAAUCCAGCCAAAUGGACCGAAGAGUUGAAAAACUAUUAUCUAACAUCACCUGAAUUUGCCAAGAUUUGGAUUCAAAACAUCCAGGCACAAUACCAAAAGGAGCAAAACUUUCAAAAGAUUGCUGAUAUCUUUGCAAAUGCUGGUCUCAAAAAAGAAGCUGAUCUUAUUGCCAAUUUACCAAGAGAAUAUAAUAGUUUGGAUUAUAUGAUUUCAAAUGCAAGAAACAAAUUAGAUAUGCUUGAUCCAAGUGGAAAGACAUCAACAGCUGUAACAACCCACCUUUACAGCUCAAGUUAUGCAUUCUUUUAUAUCUUGUCUGGAAAGGAGAAUAAACCCGAGCAAAAAAAAGCAUUGGAAAAGCAAAUUGGAAUUGCUGUCGACCAUCUUGCCAGUCUAAAGGAAUCUGAACUGUCUGGUGAGAGAUUGGAUAUGUAUAGAACAUUCAAGGAUACCGUGUCUGCUUGUGGAAAUUUGGCAGGUGUUAAAACACAACUUGGCAUGGCAAUCAAGAAUGCCAACGACCGUAUGAAACCAUACCUCAAAAACAUUGACGUGUCCAAAUACGACGAUCUACUCAAAAUGCCAACCAUGGAAUCCAACGCAAUGGAGGCCUCUGUAAAAGAGUCAACAGGCCCACUCAAAAAGGUACCAUACUGCUUAAAGUUUUGCAUGGGAAUGUGGAGAGGAUGCCAAGCCAUCUCGGUCUUUUACGGUCUCUACAAUUUCAAAUCGGCCGAUACUGUAGGAAAGGUUCAAGCUAUAGCCGAUCUCGUGACCAUUGCUCUUGACACUUUUACUAUUUUUGGAAAGGCAGACAAGGCAUUUACAUCGCCUUUUGCAACUCUUUCUAAAGUGAUUGCAACUCAAAUCCACAAAGUCGGUGUACAGGCACCCAAGGUCCUAUCGGGUAUAUUCAAUCUCAUGAAGGGGUCGUUUGCACCAACCUUUAACAAUUUCCUCAGCUUUAGAGUAUGCCCUGCCUUGAUUGUCAUUGCAGUCGUUAUCAAUGCUAUGGAUGCCGUUAAAAGUUUCCAAGAAGCUAAAUGGGGAGAAUUGGCUUGCGACCUCGUUCAACUCGGCGCCAACCUGGCUUCCAUUGCCAUCUUGGUGGCUGGUGCCUCUUGGAGUGGUCCUGUUGCUUUGGUACUUGGUGGAAUCUGUAUCAUUGCUGCUUUUAUCAAGUACAUCAUUACAAAAACACCUGUGGAAGAAUUUUUGGAAUCAUCAUACUUGUUACCACAAUCUUCAAUUAAUUGUAAUAUAUGUAUAGAUCUUUCAAAAAUUUUGUUGCGAUGGAGUUUGGUACAUAUUAAUAAUAAGACUUUGGUUUACUUUCAUGUAGCUUAA